GCACAAAACUCCAAGGUCCAACUAGAGUUAGUGAUCACUUCCAGCCAGAGACAGUCUUUUCUGACCAGGUCAGCAGAUUAGUAUCUGAUCAUCAGUAAAGAUGGGAGACUGGGGAUUUCUGUCAACCUUACUGGAAAAAGUCCAGUCCCACUCCACAGUGAUUGGGAAAAUCUGGAUGAGUGUCCUCUUCCUAUUUAGGAUUAUGGUUUUGGGAGCCGGUGCUGAAAGCGUCUGGGGCGACGAGCAGUCGGGUUUCAUCUGUAACACUCAACAACCUGGUUGCGAGAACGUCUGCUAUGAUCGGACCUUCCCCAUCUCGCACAUUCGCUUCUGGGUCCUCCAGAUCAUCUUCGUCUCUACACCGACGCUGGUCUACUUGGGCCACGCCAUGCAUGUUAUCCACAAGGAGAAAAAGCUGAGGGAGCAGUUGGCGAGUCCCGGCGGCCCCCGAAAACUCAAAACACCCAAAUACUCUGAUGAAAAGGGACAUGUGAAGAUCAAGGGGAACCUGCUGGGAAGCUACCUGACCCAGCUUGUGGUCAAGAUCCUCAUCGAGGCUGGCUUCAUUGUGGGGCAGUACUACCUGUACGGCUUCGUCAUGGUCCCCAUGUUCCCCUGUUCUAGGAAACCCUGCCCCUUCACCGUAGAGUGCUACAUGUCCCGGCCCACCGAGAAAACCAUCUUCAUCAUCUUCAUGCUGGUGGUGGCCUGUGUUUCUCUCCUCCUCACCGUCAUCGAGAUGUUCUACCUGAUCUGCACCAGGGUCAGAUGUGGUUCCAGGGGUCGCGCUCACAGGGUUACGUCAGCAGAAAACCCCGCCAGCCUGUCAGGGCCCAGGUGGCCCACGACGGAGGACACGUUUCAGCAAAACAAGAUGAACUUGGAGCUUGAGAGCAACCACAGCAUCGGAGGAAGCCUGGACGGAGCCAAAGAGGAGAAACGGCUCCUGAGCGGCCAUUAGAAAAGACAAAAACUGAUGUGACCGUUAAAAUACAGCUCAUGAUCUAACAGUUUUGCCCUCAAAGAUCUUGUUUAAACACAUUCAAUGGAUUGAAGUGAUUAUUUGUAACGUCAUUGUAUGAUCACAAAUAGUUAAAUUUUCCACUAGUAAAAAUAUUGAGGGUCACAAAGCUGGAUUUUUACCUUUUAUUAAACAGAAAUCUACAAAUGAACCUGUGCAAUACUGAUGUAUUUAUACGACAGAUACUCACUUGUGACUGUAUGAGGGAGCAGAACUUUGUUUAUGCCCAGUUUGAAUGUGUUCUUUAAGUUAUUGUCAUGUUCUUUAUCUAGAGUUGUCCAGAAAAAUUUGCUUGCUGAACAAUGAUGACAAUGAUUGUGGUGAAGAGUCUGUUUCUACUGAUGUGGCAAAGACAUUUUUUAUGCUUUGUUAUUUUUAAUAAAUGAUCCAAGUUGAAUAAAACAUCGUCUCAUUCAUCAUUUAUAUAAAACAGCAGGUUUAAACACUUUUCACCUCACUAACAAGACAGUUUACUAAAAUAAAACUUGUGUUUUCUAGAUCACAUGGCUUCAUCUAAUGAGUAUUUCCAUUGUAUGAUAGUUAAAUGAUUAUAUUCUUGAUU